GUUUAUUUAACAACUCUGAAACAGUCAUGAAUCUUAAAGGUACAAGCUGGCAGAAAGUGUUUGAGAUGACUCAAAACUCAUUUAAAAGAAGUCCAAUUUAUUUAUACUGGGACAAACUGCCUAUUAAAGAGGUGAAAUUUCAAGUGAGAAGACCAUAUAAUAAGGACGACUUCAUAAUAUUCAAUGGGAAAGGGACGAAUUCUACAUCGUGGUUCCAGAAAGAUAAAAUCAUUGAAAUUUCAAACAAGGAAUGGGUUCCACUGAACCUUACUUUCAAUGAGAAAGACCCGUAUUUUAGCAUCGAGUGGGAAGUUCAAAGUCAAGGAAAACGAUUUCACGCUGCUAGAAAAGAGGGAAGCCAUAAAGAGUUUGAUAUUUCUGUCAAAAACGAAGACGAUAGUGUGUUCGCCAGUUACGAAGCUUUGGUCAUCUCAGUGAUUUUUAUGUAGAAUGUAUAUUAUUCCAGAAACUAUGGAUACAUACAUACAUACAUACAUACAUACAUACGUAUGAUAGAUAGAUAGAUAA